GUAGCAGAGGCCCGGGUGAAAGGAAGUGGUCCCACCGUGAACGAGUAGCCACCAAAUCGGGACAGCAAGAGUGAAUGGCAGUGGGGAUAUCCAACGAACGAUUUCAAGUCUUUAUAGCCCGUUCUAUCAAUUGAAAAAUAUACAUCAGAGCGGAGGCCCCAGCCACGAUCCCCGACACUUGGCAUUUGUGUCGAGGUCUGUUUCCCACUAAAUGUGGGGGAGCAUCUGGAGUUGAUUAAGAGAUAUUGUAUCAUGAAGCCCAGAUUAAGUGUUGUCUGCCCAUCCAGAAAGUCUCAGUUAUUGCCUUGAACUUCUGAAAAGAAGAAGGACGAUGAAAUGAGAUAAAGUGGACGACUGGAGGAGCCCAGCCCCCUCACCUCCACCUCUUUGAAGCAUGGCAGGCCUACAGCUUGUCACCCCUGCCACUUCACCCAUGGGGCCUUUCUUUGGUCUGCCAUGGCAGCAGGAGGCUAUCCAUGAUAACAUCUACACACCUAGGAAAUAUCAGGUAGAACUUCUUGAAGCAGCUCUUGAACAUAAUACUAUCGUCUGCUUGAAUACUGGCUCAGGGAAGACCUUUAUUGCAGUACUUCUAACGAAAGAGCUCUCCCACCAAAUCCGUGGACAUUACCAAGAAAAUGCGAAGAGGACUGUUUUUCUGGUGAACACAGUUGUGUCUGUAGUUCAGCAAGCAGCUGCAGUCAGGACUCACUCGGACCUCCAAGUGGGAGAGUACACAGAUCUGGAGGAGACCUCAGCAUGGACAGACCAGCGGUGGAGUCGAGAGAUCAUCGAGAAUCAGGUGCUGGUCAUGACUUGCCACAUAUUCCUGCACAUUCUGAGGAAGAAAAUCUUACCGUUGUCUAAAAUCAACUUGGUGGUUUUUGACGAUUGUCACCUGGCCAUCACAGACCACCCCUACUGUGAGAUAAUGAAGCUGUUUGAGGGCUGCUCAUGCAGUCCUCGUAUCCUGGGUCUCACAGCCUCCAUUCUGAAUGGAAAGUGUGACCCGUCAGAACUGGAGCACAAGAUCCAGAAUCUGGAGAGCAUCCUGAAGAGCAAUGCUGAAACUGCCACUGACCUUGUGGUCCUGGACAGAUACGCCUCUCAGCCAAGAGAAGUGGUGCUGGACUGCGGCCCCUACGUGGACAAGAGUGGCCUCUCUUCCUCUCUGCAGGUAGAGCUGGAUGAUGCUCUCCACUUCCUCAAUGACUGCAACGUAUCUUUUGCCAGAGAGGACCGUGAUCCCACGUACAUCUCCAAACAGGUCCUGAGUGACUGCCGGGCCGUGCUGCAGGUCCUGGGACCCUGGUGUGCGGACAAGGCCGCAGGCAUCAUGGUGCGGGAGCUCCAGAAGUACAUCAAACACGAGCAGGAGGAGCUCAACCGCAAGUUUCUGCUCUUCACCGACACCAUCCUGCGCAAAGUGCACGCCCUGUGCGAGGAGCACUUCUCGCCCGCCGCGCUGGACCUCAAGUUCGUCACCCCCAAGGUCCUGCGUCUGCUCGAGAUCCUGCACGAGUACAAGCCCUUCGAGCGCCAGCAGUUUGAAAGCGUGGAGUGGUACAACAACCGCAACCAGGACAACUACGUGUCCUGGAGCGACUCGGAGGACGAGGACGAGGACGAGGAGGUGGAGGCCAAAGAGAGGCCCGAAGCCAACUUCCCCUCGCCGUUCACCAACAUCCUGUGCGGGAUCAUCUUUGUGGAGAGGCGUUACACAGCCGUCGUCCUCAAUCGUCUGAUCAAAGAGGCGGGGAAGCAGGACCCAGAGCUGGCUUACAUCAGCAGCAACUUCAUCACCGGCCACAGCAUCGGCAAGAACCAGCCGCGGAACAAGCAGAUGGAGGUGGAGUUCAGGAAACAAGAAGAGGUUCUCCGCAAAUUCCGGGCUCAUGAAACCAACCUGCUGAUCGCCACCAGCAUCGUGGAGGAAGGCGUGGAUAUCCCAAAGUGUAACCUGGUGGUGCGGUUUGACCUGCCCACGGAGUACAGGUCCUACGUCCAGUCCAAAGGCAGGGCGCGAGCUCCCGUCUCCAACUACAUCAUGCUAGCUGACAGCGAGAGGACCAAAACCUUCGAAGAAGACCUCACUACCUACAAGGCCAUUGAGAAGAUCUUAAGGAACAAGUGCUCCAAGUCGGUGGAGGUGAGUGAGUUUGAAGUGGAGCAGGUCCUGGACGAUGACAACGUCCUCCCACCCUACGUGCUCCGAUCCGAGGAUGGCGGUCCCCGGGUCACCAUUAACACAGCCAUCGGACACAUUAACAGGUAUUGUGCCCGGCUGCCCAGUGAUCCGUUCACCCACUUAGCGCCCAAGUGUAAAACUGCAGAGAGGCAGGAUGACCGCUUCCAGUCAACGCUCUACUUGCCCAUCAACUCCCCUCUGCGAGUUCCUAUUAAGGGUCCUACGAUGAACUGUGCCAGACUGGCAGAGAAAGCAGUUGCACUAGUAUGCUGUGAGAAACUCCACAAGAUAGGUGAGCUGGACGAUCACCUGAUGCCGGUGGGAAAGGAGACGGUGAAGUACGAGGAGGAGCUGGACCUUCACGAUGAGGAGGAGACCAGCGUGCCAGGCCGCCCCGGCUCUACCAAACGGAGGCAGUGCUACCCUAAAGCCAUACCAGAGUGUCUGCGGGACAGUUACGCUGUACCGGAGCAGACGUACUACCUAUAUGUGGUUGGGAUGGUCCUCACCACCCCUCUCCCUGAUGAACUCAACUUCCGCAGGAGGAAGCUCUACCCACCGGAGGACACCACCAGGUGCUUCGGCAUCCUGACUGCCAAACCCAUACCUCGAAUCCCCCAUUUCCCGGUGUACACUCGCUCGGGCGAGGUGACCAUCUCCAUCGAGCUGCAGAAGUCGGGCUUCACGCUCACCACCGCCCAGCUGGACCUCAUCACCCGCCUGCACCAGUACAUCUUCUCCCACAUCCUCCGCCUGGAGAAACCUGCACUGGAGUUCAAGCCCACGCUGGCUGACUCGGCUUACUGCGUUCUACCUCUGAAUGUUGUUGGGGACUCCAGCACGCUAGAUAUGGACUUUGGGUUCAUGGAGGACAUAGAGAAGUCUGAGGCCCGCACUGGCAUUCCUACCACUCAGUACACCAAGCAGAACCCCUUCACCUUCAAGCUGGAGGACUACCAGGACGCUGUCAUCAUUCCAAGGUAUCGCAACUUUGACCAGCCUCAUCGCUUCUACGUCGCUGAUGUGUACACAGACCUGACCCCGCUUAGUAAGUUUCCUUCACCAGAGUACGAGACAUUCGCCGAGUACUACAAAACCAAGUACAACCUGGACCUGUCCAACCUGAACCAGCCGCUUCUGGACGUAGACCACACCUCCUCCAGACUCAACCUGUUAACCCCGCGGCACCUGAACCAGAAGGGCAAAGCCCUGCCGCUCAGCAGCGCGGAGAAGAGGAAGGCCAAGUGGGAGAGUCUGCAGAACAAGCAGAUCCUGGUUCCAGAGCUGUGUGCCAUCCACCCCAUCCCUGCUUCCCUGUGGAGGAAAGCAGUGUGUCUGCCCAGCAUCCUCUACCGCCUCCACUGCCUUCUGACCGCCGAGGAGCUCAGAGCCCAGACAGCCACUGAAGCUGGAGUGGGAGCCCAGACCCUUCCCCCUGACUUCAGGUAUCCAAACCUGGACUUUGGCUGGAAGAGAUCCAUCGACAGCAAAACGUUCAUCUCCUGUCCCGACUCUUGCAGUGAGGAUGGCGAGGGCGACUGCGAGCACCAAGAGCCUCUCACCCCUGAGCAGGGGCCCCUCGAUCCCGGAGAAGCCACAUGCACGGGGAACCUAACCAACGGCACUGCCGUCGUCACCGACUGUGACGACGACGGCCGCCAAGACGAGCACCUUCACCAACGUGACAAUUGCCAACGCUCCCAGCCCAGCUCCCCUGGGCUGCCGAGUCCCGAAUCAAUACAAACCACUACCUCAGUUCCUGCGCAGCCCUCUCACAGCUCAAAGAAGCCCAGCUCCAGUCCUCCACAGCCUAGCGAUGAAUGUACACCAGGGAGGCCCUCAGACCAUGCAAAUAAAGCUACCUCAGUCUGCAGCCGGGCAGCCACGGCUCCCAAUGCUCCCACAGCACCUUCUCCUCCUGAUCUGGACGCUGUCCCCCAGCACAGAGCCCAGACGGGAGACUCCCCCAAAAGCCUGGGGCCCAACCCGGGCCUCAUCCUGCAGGCCUUGACCCUAUCCAACGCCAGCGACGGUUUCAACCUGGAGCGGCUGGAGAUGCUCGGAGACUCUUUCCUCAAGCAUGCCAUCACCACAUACCUGUUCUGUACCUACCCCGACGCUCACGAGGGACGACUUAGCUACAUGCGCAGCAAGAAGGUGAGCAACUGUAACCUGUACCGGCUGGGGAAGAAGAAAGGGCUCCCCAGCAGGAUGGUGGUGUCCAUCUUCGACCCCCCUGUUAACUGGCUGCCCCCUGGCUACGUGGUCAACCAGGACAAGAGCAGCACAGACAAACUGGAUUCAGAGGAGGCCAAAGAGGAGCUUCUGGCCAACGGGCAGUCUGGAAACGACUCUGAUGAGGACGACGAGGAGGAGGGUGAGGAGGCGGAUGAGGACAGUGAGCUGAUGCUGAAGGAAGAGCCAAAGGAUGAAGUCAACAUGGAGGACGAUCUGGAGUAUUACAAGGAGCACAUCAAGUUCAUAGACAACAUGUUGUUGGGAUCCGGCGCGUUUGGUAAGAAGAUCUCCCUGAGCGGCUUCCCUCCCUCUCUCGCCCCGGCCGCCGCUUCCUCCCCCGCCAUGGAGUCUCCAUACGAAUGGAAGCCCCCCAAGAAGUCCCCCCAUCCCACCGCCGCCCACUACCCCGCGGAGCCGGCACCCAGCGGGCCCUCCGCCGAGGAGUUUGACUACAGCUCGUGGGACGCCAUGUGCUACCUGGAUCCCAGCAAGGCCGGGGAGGAGGACGACUUCGUGGUGGGCUUUUGGAAUCCGUCUGAGGAAAAUUGCGGCGCGGAGCUCGGCAAGCAGUCGAUCUCCUACGACCUGCACACGGAGCAGUGCAUCGCUGACAAGAGCAUUGCCGACUGCGUGGAGGCCCUGCUGGGCUGCUACUUGACCAGCUGUGGAGAGCGAGCGGCCCAGAUGUUUCUCUGCUCGCUGGGCCUCAAGGUGUUACCGUUGGAGAGGGGGGCCCUGACAGGAGCAGUGGUGCAGAGCUGUCGGAUCACCACCAUCGACCUGUGCUACGGCUGGCUGAAGAUCCCACCGCGCUGCCUGCUGGACCAUCCAGACGCAGAGCGAACUCUCAACCACCUCAUCUCUGGCUUCGAGAACUUUGAAAAAAAGAUCAACUACACGUUUCAGAACAAGGCUUACCUUCUGCAAGCCUUCACCCACGCUUCCUACCAUUACAACACCAUCACAGAUUGUUACCAGCGGCUGGAGUUCCUCGGCGAUGCAAUUCUAGACUACCUCAUAACAAAGCACCUUUAUGAAGACCCGCGGCAGCACUCUCCCGGCGUGCUGACCGACCUGCGCUCGGCACUCGUCAACAACACCAUCUUUGCCUCUCUGGCCGUCAAGUACGACUACCACAAGUACUUCAAGGCCAUCUCGCCCGAGCUUUUCCACGUCAUCGACGACUUUGUGCAGUUUCAGCUGGAGAAGAACGAGAUGCAAGGCAUGGACUCCGAACUGCGGCGCUCUGAAGAAGACGAGGAGAAGGAGGAGGACAUCGAGGUCCCUAAGGCCAUGGGGGACAUCUUUGAGUCGCUAGCCGGAGCAAUUUACAUGGACAGCAGGAUGUCACUGGAGACGGUGUGGCAAGUGUAUUAUCCCAUGAUGAGGCCACUUAUAGAGAAAUUCUCUGCCAAUGUGCCACGCUCUCCUGUGAGGGAGCUGCUGGAGAUGGAACCAGAAACUGCCAAGUUCAGCCCUGCAGAGAGAACGUACGACGGGAAGGUCCGGGUGACGGUGGAGGUCGUCGGUAAGGGCAAGUUUAAAGGAGUCGGCCGCAGCUACCGGAUCGCCAAGUCGGCGGCGGCGCGGCGAGCUCUGCGCAGCCUCAAAGCCAAUCAACCUCAGGUCCAAAACAACUGAGCUCCUUCCUUCCGAGCUCUCAGCAUUAGCACCUAAAGCUACUGACGCUAAUGGAGGGAAAAGAAGAAGAAGAAGAAAAAAAAAGCGACAUCGGGCUUCACAGCAGAGCGCGGCGCUCGCCUGCGACGGCACAACCAAGGCAGCCAGGGAACACGGUGUGGAGACGCAACAAGAGAAGCAGACUGAUCUCACAACAGAUUUCACAUCAGAUCUUUUUUUUAUUUUUUUUUAUUUUUUUGCGCAAACACAAUCUUUGCUUUCCCUCUCUGCUUUGUGUAAUCACAUGAGUGCUUUAUUAACGUUUAGCAAAGUAUAAAAAAAAAAAAAAAAAGGUCAGGUCGCAAUGUCUAUUCCUCACCGUUUUUUUUGGUUAACCUCUAUGUCGAUGAGAUGAGGCUUAUGCUUAUUGUGUAGUAUUAGAUUGUACAUAGUUCAAUCAAAAUUAUGUAGGAAGAUAUAAAAAAAAAAAAAAGAAAAGAAAAACUCCUCAGCCUGUGCACUAGUGCCAGUCAGUUUGAAAGCGUUUUUGAAAACGCUCAACGGCAGACAUGGCUAACAGAUACCACUGGAGCAAAAACCUGGUGGCACUUCUGUCUGAAAUCUGUCUUGAAAUGGUAUUCUUAAUCAUUUUUGCACUUAUUCCAUUAGGGUCUGUUACCUUGAGAAUUGUGUGGUCACAUUGACACCAAAAUCCUAUACGUAGCAAAGUAUAUAAAGAUAUAUAAAAAAAAAAAGUAAUAAUAAGAUACAUGGAUGAUAUUGUUGGCCUUCGAUGCUAAGGCUCACCCUCAUAUCCUGCGAAACGGAUAGGAAUUUCAACAUUCCCAGUUACUGUAAUUUAAAACUAGUUUUUAACCGCACUUGAGGUUGCAUGUUCUUGUAGUUUAUGUAUAAACCAUGACAACUGGAUUGCUUCUAUAAAUGUUCUAAAUCUAUGGAUAUAUCUAGCGUGCGAGAGCGAGAUUCCAUGUAAAAUGGCAUUAUCUUGACGAUUUGGUUUACCGUGUUUUGAUACCAGGAGUGGAUGGAAUUGAAUUAGUCAUUCUUGCGCACUAAAUGUCUUUCCACGGAGAAAAAAAUCAUCCAGUUUUGAUAUAACUAUGAGAGAGAGACAUAUCACGCGUUCAAUAUGCUGCAGACUUUUCUACAUUGGAUACUCGUGUCAAGGCUCCGAAUCGUUUUCGAACGCGGCCUUUUUGUUGGGAAAAGGCCGAUUCGUUUCAACACACUAGUGUUCCUCACAUCCCGUACCUACCAAAGCUAUACCAAGAUGUGACACUAUGAGGUUGAAGUCAAUUCCUACGGAUAAGGAUACCAGCCUUUUUGUUUUGUGUUUGUGUUUUCUGUUUCUGACAAAUUUCGCUUCUCGCUAAAUGUCCUUCCCCUCCCCCAAUCCCCUCCUCCUCCUCAAUAAGCCCUUUUUUUCACUUGAAUACCUCAGUUAAUUGCAUGCAUUUUCUUGUCUUUAUAUAUUUUGUUUUUCUUUUUUUUUCGUUUGGUGCUAUGUUUUUGUAUUAAGCUUGAAUUUCUCAUCUUUUUUUGCACUGUAACUAUAAUACCUCUUUUUUUUUUUCUUUUUUUUUAUUAUUAUUUUGGAAAUCUGUUUGAUUUGGUUGUCCCGUUCAUCAGCCAUCAAGCUGCAGAGGAGAGCUGCGUUGUCGUCUCUUCCCCCUCCCCCCCCAUCCCAUACUGGAGGUUGCAGGGGGAGAUGUAUUCUCUGCACAUAAGCCUAGCUUUUUUUUUUUCCACCCCUCAUUCACUAGCCAAUCAUUUCAUCAGUUGAGAAUCUGUUAAAUUCUGGGUAAAAACAGAGACUUGAUUUGAUUGAUCGGACAGGUAAAUGCUUGCAGAGGUAAUCAGAUUGCACUCUUAAACUUUGGAUUUCUCAGAGGGGGAAUAUUACUUGACUUAUUUCUUCAAAACUAUCCUCAUAAACAAGGGUCUGAAGAGACGCGCGCCCGUGUGGUUUCUAAACUGUGUAAAUAAUAGCUAUCUGAAAUCUAUUUCACACCCACAGGCACUUCUACCUCAAAAGACACUCAGUGUUCAUUUCUGGACAAGACUGCAAUUCAAUCCAGUGACUCUACUGUAGUCCCCGCUACACACCGUAUACUGUAACCCCGACGUCUACGUCACGCCUUUCACCGAGUCGGCGCUCCUUCCCCAGACAUCGGUGUCUCGCGUCUUUGAAUCGAGACAAACCUAACUCAGUGCCUUCUCCGCGGGAGAGCCGUGUCCGCAUUCGCCGGAUUUAAAUUCAUCCAUCCAUCCAAAUUUGACUUUGACACGUUUGUGCAGACUGAUCUCAUGAAGUGGCGUAUGUAUGACACGCCAGUCCGUAUGCCAUUUUGGCGUGUUAUCGAGACGCAUAAUCGC